ACAUGCGAACAGCUGUUUUUUCCAAACAGGAAGAGGAAGAGUGCUGUAAGAAGUUGGCCUAGCCAGAAUCAGGGAAAAUAUAGUUUAAUUGUAAAAUCUAGACUGCCUAUAUAGUUUUUAGAUAAUAACAACCAUACACUGCUAGUUUUUUCCACGAAAAAUGGCACACGCCACAUCACAGGGCGUUAAGCUAUUGAACGGAUGGAAGCGUCCGGGUCGCUUUGACAAGGGAUUGGGUGCCCAGCUGCCUGAGGCGUACCGGAAGUUCUGGCGCGAGUGGAAGCUAACAACGCCGGCUGCUGUUCAUUACAUCCCAAAGGAGCGCGAGUGGGAACGCGACGAAGUGACGCACGCCAUAAAGCCGGUGCAAAACAUCCCAUUGCCCCUGAUCGACACCCCUGAGUCGCACAGGGGCAUCUGGGGAGGAGAGGCAGUAAUAAAGGGUUUCCAGAAGCGCCAGCAGACCAAGCGUCGCGUUCCCCACUUUUGGGUGCCUAAUCUUCGACGUUCAGUUGUUCACAGCCAUGUUUUAGACUCCUACAUGUCCGUGGUGGUGACGGAGCGCACGCUGGAGCAGAUCCACGAAUGCCAUGGCUUCGAUCACUAUUUACUUAAGAAUCGAGCCUGCGAUCUUCGCUCGGCUCUCGCCUUGAAGCUCAAGCGAGAAGUCCUACAAUCCUUGCAGAAUGGCGUUCCAGCCUUGGCCGAUGAACCCGAUCGGCAGAAGGAAGUGCUAAAGGAGUACGGACGGUAUCUGGAGUCUUAUACUCCCGAGGAAAUCGACUGGUACGGCCAUACCUACCUGGAGGCAAUACGCAAGCUGCAAAUACAAUUGCGCGAGGCGGAAAAGGUACUGCCGCAUAAGCUAGAGUUCCGUAGCAAGCUGAUUGAUCAGCUGCGGCAAGCUGGAAUAAGCGAAGCAGGAAAGCUAGAGAAUUCGGAUGCAGUUUCGGGAUCUUCAACCGAGCACAAGGAUUCAGACAUCGAAGCGCUAACUAAGCUGGAAUCCUCACCCUCCUCCAGUUGGCUGUCUAAGAUUAAUCCUUUCGGCAAGAAAGAAACCUAGGCCACCUGUCCUCGUUCGUUUUUGAUUUUUGUGUUUAGCCUCGAAAGAAUAAACAUAAUUUCGGAAA